UGAAAUUUCACUGGUAGUACUCAGGGACCGACAGCGACGUUCUGUGUAUAACAUUUUCUCAAUAUAUUUGAUUAUUUUCAUAAAAUUAUAUUUCCGAAAAGAAUUGAAGUGAAUCAAAAAAAAACAACACACACACCGAAUACAUGUACCGUAGGACAUCGAAAAUUGUUACCAACCAUGAGUUUAGUUACAUGAAAAGUGCGUCGAAAGGGAAAUAAUUCGUUCCGAUUAUGAACUAUUUACCGAUAAUUAUGUUAAAACAAUGUAUCUAUUGUUGUUAUCGUGGUAUUUGCGAAGAAAUCUUUGAUUUUCGGUCGAACAUUGAAUGAAUGAAAUUCGAAAUUUAAAAAAAAUAAGUCAACGAGGUGUUUGUGAUUAACUUUUUAUUUUAAUUUUACUUUUUGUUUUAACACCAUUUUUUCCGUGUAAAAAAAAAGAAACGUCGGUAAGGUGUACCACCAGACACAAUAAUAUCAUCAAUGCAACCAAUUCAGAACUCAAAGAAAAGAAAACUGUGCGUUCGGACGAUAUUGUAUUGAAACCCAAAAAUAAGUUUCGAAUAAAACAUAAUAAGAAAACCGCAACGCUGAGAAUAUCACAAUUUUUCCGAUAUUUUUUUUCUUCUUUUUUUUUGGUUACCCGAACUUCAAAUUUCCGUUUGUUUACUUGCAUCACCAUUUUUGUCCAAAAAAAAAGUUCAGUGUGACACCACCACUUCGGAGUGAAAAGUUUAUAAAAUAGAUUUCGCAGCGAUUAAACAUUCCAAAAAGUGGUCUUUGCUGCAAGAUUUCAUGUCUGUAUCCAUCAAUAGUAAACAAUUUAUUUAUUCGCAAUAUUCGGAUUCAGACUGGGAGGACAUGUGCUUAUGUGGAAAGUAAUAUAUAAUUCAAGUGUGUGGACUAAACGCAGAAAAAUUAUCCAACGAAAAAAAGAAGAAGUUUUUAUUGGACACCGUGUUUCAUUAGAUUUUAACGUUCCGACAGUGUCACUACUUAACUACUAGUGUCAUUUUUUUUGUGUGUUUUAAGUCUUAAGAUUGAAAUUAGAAAUAUUUGUUUUGUACAAAAUUGUUAAUAAUCACAAAUGAUGUAUGGAAAAACAAAAAAUGCAACAGUGCCGUCAGAUGCUCAAGCAAGAGAAAAAUUGGCACUGUACGUCUAUGAAUACCUUUUACACGUGGGGGCAACGAAAGCAGCACAAACAUUUUUGUCAGAAAUACGAUGGGAGAAAAACAUAACACUAGGUGAACCUCCGGGAUUUCUACAUUCCUGGUGGUGUGUAUUUUGGGACUUAUACUGUGCUGCUCCUGAACGACGGGAUCAGUGUGAUCAUUCAUCCGAGGCCAAAGCAUUUCAUGAUUAUGGCUUUGUUAGUUCAGGAUAUGGCGUGAAUGGACUUGGUGGACACAACACUGGUCCAGCACCAAGUCCGUUGGGACAAAUACCGCCGAAUGAGGGUGGUAUGCCUGGUGGACCAAUGGCGCCAAAUUUCUUUCCAAAUUCCACAAUGCGACCAUCACCGCCAACACAUCCAACUAGCCAGCAGUCCCCUCAUCCUCAGCCUCCACCCUCACAUAAUCAAAUGAUGUCGGUUCAGCCGUUUAUGGGUGCGCCUAGAUAUCCAUCUGGGCCACGGCCUGGUGUCCGGAUGCCACAAGGAAUUGGCAAUGAUUUCAACGGACCUCCCGGACAAGCUAUGAUGCCAAAUAGUAUGGAUCCUUCCAGAGGAGGAGGACCACCUGGCAUUGGAAUGAGUCCGCGAAUGAAUCCGCCUCGGGGACCUGGAAUGGGUCCGAUGCCAAAUUCGUAUGGACCUGGAAUGCGAGGACCGCCACCAAACAGUAACUUACCAAUGCCUCCGAUGGGAAUGUCUGGCGGGCCAAGACAGUGGCAACCGAAUACAUCAACGCCAAUGAGUUACUCGUCGUCUUCGCCUGGAAAUUAUGGAGGACCACCUGUGUCUAGUGGACCUCCUGGACCUGGAACACCAAUAAUGCCGUCUCCGCAAGAUUCAUCAAAUUCUGGUGGUGAAAAUAUGUACACUUUAAUGAAAACGGUUCCGAGCGGAAACAUGGGUGGUGAGUUUCCAAUGAGUGGUGGUCCAGACGGACAAAUGGGACCGAUGGGACCUAAUUCUAUGGGUCCAGUGCUGAACGGAAAUGACUUAGAUGGAAUGAAGAAUUCUCCGGCCAACGGUGGGCCAGGAACACCGCGAGAAGAUUCGGGCAGUGGCAUGGGUGAUUAUAAUUUAGGCGGAUUCGGUGGGCCGGGAGAAAAUUUGUGGAGUUAAAAAACCCAAGCAAAAUUUUGGUAUAUUGUCCCAGCAAGAAUGGAUUUUGUUUUGUCAAAAUUUUAAAAAAGAACAAACAAUUCAAUUCAUUUCGACAAGAAUUUUAUUUUGCUUUGAAAUGAAGACAAGACAGACAUGUGAUUUGACGAUUGACAAGUAUUUUUUUCUGUUUUUUUGCUAGUUAGUUUUACUAUUUUUAAUUUAACGAAUUUUUUUUAAUUGCUGUCGUCCGACAUUGUUGUAUUUUUUUAUUAUUAUUUUUACUUAGCGAUUUCUCUUAUUUAAAUCAUGGUGGUAAGUAGUUUUAACUCAACAAUUAUUUUUUAUUCGAAAUAAUUUUAUUGUUUUUGUUUUUUCGUAUUGCGUCUCUCAUUGUCAUUUCAAUAAAUAUGUUCGGUUUUCGUAAUAAAAUGUAGAAAAAAAAAUGAUUUUAAAAUCUCAGAGAUGGUGUAGCUAUGUUUUCUUAAAAAAAAAAUCAGCAAAAUAAACACAAAAACUUAAAUGAAAAAAUCUUAAAAAAGCGUUUAAUUUUUUUUUUCUCUAAAUAAAACAAAAUAAACGAAAAAAAGAGUAAUUUGAAUAAAAUCUAGUAAAUUAAUACAAAUAAAUCUUUAAAAACAAACUGAAAACUAUGCAAACCGUUCAAAACCAAAAUAAUAGCGACAGAAGAUCCCUAAUUGUUCCCUAAUCAUUUUCCGAAAUUGAAAUUCAAACUUAACAGAGGAAACAGAAAAUUUAUUUCUAAUAUAGAAGUAGCUUUUAGGUCAUUUUUGUGUAGAAAUGGAAUAAAUUGUCGCCUGUUUCAUUGUCACAACGCUAGACAUUUUGUUGGACGAAAUAUCUUUUUAUUAUUUUCAAUUUUCCAUUACAUUUUUGUGUACCAUAGUAAUGUAUAAAUCCAAUCAACGCACAGAAUGAAAAUAUAUUUAAAAAAAAGUGUCCGUUACGGUAGCAAGAUAAUCCGUUCGUUUAAAAAGAAAAUAAUUAAAAAUAAAUAAAUUUAAUGAAAGCUACACGAAACAUUCCGUUUAAUUAUUUCAUCUUAUUGGUUAACCUUUGCAGAUGCUUCCAUUUCUCUUGAUUCUUUAAUUUAACGUAAAGGAAGAAAAAAUGUUAAAAAAAAAACGAAAAAGUAAAAAAUCUGAAAUUUUAAAGUGAUUAUCUGAAGAAACCAAACCAUUUUCAAUUAUGAAGUUUAUUCGAAUACUGAAUGGACUAGUGUACAUCACAAAGAAUAAUUAUUUUUUUUGUUAACAAAAGAAAGAAAAUUCAUUUUUUUUUCUUGUUUUGCCAGCAAAAAGGGAAAGGAGAAUUGUUGAACAUUGUUGACAAUUUUGGUAGUUUAAUUGUAAUUUAAUAUCCAAAUGAUUGAAACCCAUUUUUAAUAAUAAAGAAAAAAAGCAAAAAGAUGAAAAACAUUCGAUGUGAUUGAUUGUUUGGUAUGAAUAUAGUUUAAAAAAGAUAAAGAUAAAAAAGAAAGAAAAAAACAUUAAAACCGCUCAGGUAUGGCGAUUUUUACAAAUAUUAAAAGUAAACACAUUUAAACAAGAAAGACGUAAAAUUUUUACAUUAAAAAAAUUAAAAAUGGAAAUUAAAUUAAAAUUAAAAAAGAAAAAAUAAUUAAAUUGAAAAAGAAUUAAAAUAAAUAAAAUCUUAGUGUAAAUAGGUAAGGUAAUGUUAUUACUAUUUUAAAUAAAAUAAAUGAAAAAAGAAAAAAUCUUGAGAAAUGUCGUUGAUUUUGAACGCACCGUUUUGUGAUCAACAAAUAACUAUAUUAUAUACCACUCACUGGGUAAUUCACUGUAUUAGUGUCCGACGAUUUUUUUUAACUUUUCUCUCGCAAUUUAUAGAAGAAAGAAAGUGUAAAUCCGGCCUCAUCCGGAACUAAUUUUUUGUUUCGAAAAUUAUUUUUUUUUGUGGUAAUUUUAGUAUUUAUUUAGUGGUAUAAAUCUUUCCAUCACACAGACACAUUAUUCUUGCAACUUUUCUUAAUUUAUAAUCACACUGUUAAAAAAAUAUUGAGCAAAAGAAAAUGAAAUGAAAAAAACAAGUUCAGAAUGGGGGAUACAAUUUUUUCUGUUUUUCUGAUAUAAAUAUUAUCACUGUGGAAUGAUUGUGAGACGAGUAAAAGUGUAAAAAAUAAAUUAUUUAAGAAUUAAAUUAGUGACAACAACAACAA